AAAUUCUUAGCUUUGACAUAAAAGCUGGUGUGAGAGCAGCAAGAUUGCAGUACUGCUCUGGCUUGCGAUGGCUUCGCCCAAACCCCAGCUUGGAGACCUGAUUGAGAUUUUCCGCCCUCCCAUCAGUCACUGGGCUAUCUACGUUGGCAGCGGAUAUGUGGUCCACCUGGUACCCACAGGUGGAAUCUCGGGAGAUGGUGAAUCUGGUAUCAAGCUUGCAGUGGCCGACAGGGCCAUAGUAAAGAAAGAGCGGCUGUGUGACGUGGUUGGGAAAGAUCUGUACAGGGUCAACAACAAGCACGAUAACAAGUACAAGCCACUCCCUCCCAGCAAAAUCGUCCAGCAGGCGGAGAAGCUGGUGGGCCAGGUGAUGAGCUACAGUGUGACCAGCCAGAACUGCGAGCAUUUUGUCAACGAGCUGCGCUAUGGGGUCCCCCGCAGCGACCAGGCCAGACGUUUUGCAGCAAUCACCAUGGCACUGGGUGUGAUAGCCGUAUUCGCUGGAGCCGUAUUCUCAAGAAACUAGCAAAAUCAAUGACCCGAAGGGAGUGUCUUGUCAGCAGUGGCAUUAGACAUUCAGGGAGUCUUGUUUUGCUAGACAGUUUUGAGAGAAUUAAUAGGUAGGUUGAUAGGCAGUCCAAGGCCCCUUUAAGGAGGAAGUAAACUUUCCUUCUUUUUCAUAUUCUUUUGCCUUAGUCUCAUAGGCCCUGUGAGCUCUGAUAUGUCUUGCUGAAGGACAUGCUUAUUUUAAAGUUCUGUGUUAAUUUGCAACAAUCUAUUUCAUUUCAAAACUGGCCUUUUUAGCAUAAUAUAUCUUACUCCUGGGUAUGGUUUUCUCAGAUUCUGUGUCUCUAUGUUAGUCAUUAAAAUUGUAACAAAUGUUG